AUGGCCUCCAACCCAUCCAUGCUCUUGGAUCCCAAGGGCUACCAAAAGCAGCAGCUUAAAAACCGCGGUACUUCUUCCUCUUCUCCUUCUCCCUCUUCUUCCUGUCUCCAUCUUCCACCAUCCCAAGGCAAUAUGGAUACCUCCACAGAACCUAUGGAAUUAUGUUCUGCCCCGAUACUCAGAACCCAAGAAAAAACACCAGCUUCCUCAAUGCUUUCUUCCUCAAACGGUUCGGAUUUGGAGGCAACCGAACUACCCUGCUCACUUCCUUCUCUGACAGCCCCCUCGACACCGAACAACUCUGUCCCACAUUCCCCUUACUCGAUCGCUCCACCAGGAACUUCUCCCGCCGUUCAUUUUUCGGCAACCAUUCCGCGCAAGACGUCACCGAGUCCCGCGCCAAGUGACGCGCCGAAUGCCGAAGCAAACAUGACGGUGCAGUUUACAAGCGCCAAAGAUGAUGACAGUGAGGGCGAAAUGAAGAGGACAUUCAACGAGAUCAGCGAGAAGGAUGAGCCUGCUCGCCCACAUCAUUUGAUCGAGGACAUCUACGGCGUGGAAGAGCGCCGCCACCAACCGUCCAAGAAGAUGAAAAUAGAGGAAACUUCCAAGCCCGGGACACCAAUUCAGCAGAUUAGGACAUCAAAUGGUGGUGAUCUUAGUGAAUUCAUGAAACAACAUGAUACAAACGACGCUCCAUCCCCGGCAUCACCGGGUGUUGUGGAUUUGACCACGACUCCCCCAAAAGACAACACGGAUGACGACGAACUCCAGGUCACAGGCUCAAAUGAUCUCAGCACCCAGCGUGUAUGUUAUGGCAAAAUUCAAGGAGCCAUGAUCAACGCCCACUCCGUACCCUUUCCAACUUCCAAGGCCCACUUUCCCGAUCAGUGGGCUGUCAUCAAACUUGAACUUCACCGGGCCGAAGAGCCAAACAACAAACAGAUCGGGGUUUCAGACCAUACUAAGAAUGUCUUUGGCUUCGUGGAUCCCAAAGUAGCCCAAGCCCUCUGUCCAUUACUUGACUCUCCUAUCUUCUCGCUGGAAGUCUCGGCACGGUUGGACAUGCGACCAAUGCUCCCCGGUGAGACCCCCGGUGAACCUACAUCGGCGUCUUAUCGGGCCUCCCUGACUCUGUAUGGGGAGCGCCAACGUGCAGAGAUUGUUGGCAAAUGUCUUAGUCAACACAAUAUCUGGCUUGCCCAUCCCCCCAUUGUGGAGAAAGGCACUCCUCUCUGGAACCCUCACGAUGAGAUAAGACGAGCUAGAGAUGCAGCCACAGCUGCAGCAAAUAAUGGCCCGAGAGACCGUCCGAUAGGAGUCAGGUACGAAAGUCGAACGGCGGAGGAAAUCACCGACUCUGUGACCAAAAUGUUCAACCAGCUCGUCAGCGCGGAUGUUCCCACAAUGGAUCCGCCUGACGAUGUUGUGACACCCCUUCUCCAUCAUCAACAGCAAGCAUUGUGGUUCAUGAUGGAAAAAGAAAAGCGCCGCCGGUUUGGGCCGGAAGAAGCCGAUAACAACUCACUUUGGCGUCUCCAACGCAACUCCAAUGGCCAAGAUGAAUACAAGGAGAUCAUAAGUGGGACAAUUUUUGUCGGUGACGAGCCCCCGCAAGUCCUUGGGGGCUUGCUGGCUGACAUGAUGGGUCUCGGGAAGACAUUGAGCGUACUUGCUUUGGUCGUGUCGUCGCUUCCAGCGGCACAUAGAUGGGAGAAAGUGGUUCCGAGUCGCCCCAUAUCCCGCCAGGUUCCAGGCAUACGCAACACCCGAACGACACUCCUGGUGGCGCCUUUAAGUGCUGUUAAGAACUGGACAAUGCAGGUCGAAGAACAUCUGAAACCGGACGCGCUUAAAUUCUAUGUCUUCCAUGGAUCGGCUCGAACUACCGACCUACAGGAACUUGCCAGCUACGAUCUUGUAAUCACAACUUACAGCACAGUCCUCAGUGAACUUUCGUCGCGUGUCGGGCGUGAAAGUCCUCUCACUAAAAUGAACAUGUUCCGCAUCGUUCUGGACGAGGCUCACAUCAUCCGAGAGCCAAGCGCUCAGCAGACCAAGGCGAUUCUUAGUCUGAAUGCGACGCGCCGUUGGUCAGUAACAGGAACUCCCGUCCAGAACCGUCUUGAAGACCUUCAUUCUGUUCUGAAGUUUCUGCGCCUGGCCCCGUAUGAUGACAGUACCCAUUUCAAGCAGUUCAUAUUAAGCCGGUUUAAGCUUGGUGAUCCCACAGUUCUCACCAGUCUUCGGGUCUUGAUUGACUCGUUCACACUGCGUCGAGUCAAAGACAGAAUCAACCUGCCUGACCGAGAAGACAAGUUGAUCAUGCUGGAGUUCUCUGAGAAGGAGCGGCAUUUGCACGAAUACUUCCGUACCGAGUCUAACGCCAUGAUGAGCCAUCUUGUGGGCGAUAACAAGACCAAGAUGGGAGGCCGCAUGUAUCACCACGUGCUGAAAGCCAUGAUGUUGUUGCGUCAGGUCAGUGCUCAUGGUAAAGAACUUCUCGACAAGGCAGAUCGGGAACGAAUCAAGGGUCUCAGUGUCAAUGACGCUAUAGAUUUGGAGGAGAAUGAGUCAGAUGACGGCAGUACUGCUGCUAAGGAGAAGAAAGCAUAUGAUAUGUACGCCUUGAUGAAAGAGUCAUCGGGUGAUCACUGUGCCCUGUGCAGAGAGCAUCUUGACGAACCUCUCACCAGUUCCGGGGACGUUGACGUUCAUGCACCCAUGGCUAUUUACUUACCAUGCUUUGACAUGCUUUGCCCUUCUUGUUUCUGGUCUUGGAAUGAAUACCAUUUCAAAAAAACAGGACAAGUUCAGUGCCAAGUCUGUGAUGGCUGGGUCGUGAGGAGUUACACUCUGCUGACGCCAUCCAUUAUUACAUGGUUUGAUACUUCAAAGCCUGAAGGGUCAGAACGCAAGCAAGGCAAGGUACUAGGGGACUAUGAAAAGCCGCAUACGAAAACCUUGGCCCUUGUCGAUCACCUUCAAGCAUCUCUUGCUGAAAGCACCACCUUGGUGGGAGAACCUCCCAUCAAGAGUGUGGUGUUUUCUGCCUGGACCACCCAUUUAGAUUUGAUCGAGAUCGCUCUCAAGGAUAACGGGCUGGACUCAUUUACCCGACUAGACGGCUCGAUGACUCUUGCAGCCCGAGGAAGUGCCUUGGAUGCCUUUGCCAAAGACGACAGCAUCACCAUUCUGCUGGCCACAAUCGGUGCAGGUGGCGUUGGACUGAACCUCACGUCUGCAUCCCGAGUUUAUAUCAUGGAGCCGCAGUAUAACCCGGCAGCUGUUGCGCAGGCUGUGGAUCGCGUGCAUCGUCUUGGUCAAACUCGUCCCGUGACGACCGUGCAGUUCAUCAUGAAAAACAGCAUUGAGGAAAAGAUCAUGGAGCUUGCGAAGAAGAAACAACAGCUUGCCGAUAUGAGUAUGAAUAGAAGCAAGGCGGACAAGAGGGAGGCCCAAGAGCAACGCAUGGAGGAAUAUCGGGAACUUUUCAAGUGA